UCAAAGGCUGCGGGAAGCCACUGUCCUGCCACAGAGGGGAGAGCGAAGGGUUAAACCGAGGCUGGGGAAACCUGAUGCUAAUUAAAGGCUUUGGAAUGCCACACACUGACAUUCUAUUCCAGAACCGAGUAGAGUGUGGGUCGAGCGGCGGCUUGAGGAGGGAGAGAUGCAUGUCUCCCGUUACUCUGGUCUUUAAUGACAUUCAGUCGGGUUACCCAAGCUGUUAAACACCAGCCACAGACCGGAUAAAUGAACAGAGAAUGCUGUCUUGCAAAUCGACGCCUUUGAUGUUGUGGUGCCUCUUAUCUUCGCUCGCUAUCGUUGGCGGUGUUGCAGAGAUAUGCCGAGGGACGCAUUGUUUUGGUUCAGAGACAGGGGAUCCCAGACCUUGCUCUGGACCUCACUGUCCAGUGACACGGUCGCACCGACCAUCACGACAACACAACCCCACCACGCAGCUCCGAUCCUCGCAGGUUGCCGCUUACCACCAGCCAACAUAUCACAACACUCCACCACUAAGUUCUGAGUCAAAUCCUCUCGCAGCUCAGCGGGAGAGAUUCGCGGAUGUAGACCCGGAUGGCGCGCGGACGGUGGGGUUCGGACCGGGUUGCACGGGAACGGAUUGUCAUAGCCCGCAGAGACAUCUUCAAACUGCCAAUGACACAAGGGAUUGUAAAGGGAUCGAGUGUAAACUGCCUCUAAGGAUAAGACUCAAGCCUCGACCCAGGGCAUGUGCAGGAGAUGGAUGCCUGUCUGGGAGUGAUGAUGAUGAUGUAGCCGCCGCCACAAGCCACCCCACUCUCGUCCACAUGCCAGACCGAGCUGCCCAGUUUCUGGGAGACUUGCCUGACUUUGGAAACCCCGUGUCUGACCAGGGAAGCGCCCCGCUGGGCGUUCAACUUACUUGCGACAUCAAGCCAGGGGAGAACGAGGUGCCCUCGGAGGAUGCCCUUAUCCUGCACCUGCAGCUGGCCAAGGGACAGGAGAAGCUGGUGGAGGCGCUGCGCUCGCAGCAGACGCUAAUCCGCGACCUGCAGCAAAGGCUGGCCGACCAGCAGGGGGCACUGCUGGCACAGCAGCGGGAGAUCCUGGACCAGCAGCGCCGCAUGUCCGAGCAGAUGGACGUGGUCAAGGCCCAGUACGGCCUGCUGGCCGAGACCCUCAAGCAGGCCUCCUUCCAGGGCCUGCAGGGGGAGCUGCAGAGUUACUUCGAGAGCCACCUGGCUGGCCUCCAGAGCCAGGCGCGCAGCCACCUGCACAAAUCCUACGCCGUGCACAAGGUGGACGUGGACGCCAAGGUCAUGGACGUCCCCGGGGGUGUCGCGGUACCCCUGCCCGGUCUCAGCCACCCUGAGCCCCCCCAUGCACGCCACGUUCUGGCCUGCCCAUCGGCCUGUGGCUCUGAAGAGUACUGUGACUUCCAGAGGGAGCCACCCAGCUGCGAGAGCUGCACCAUGUGCCCGCCGGGCUUCUUCCUGGUGUCCCAGUGCUCUCCCACGGCCGACCGACUCUGCCAGGACAGGGAUGAAUGCCUUGAAUUACCAAAAGUGUGUGGGGAGCGAGUGAAAUGUCUGAACACCCCAGGGGGCUUCCGAUGCCUGGGUGUGUCCGAAAGGGAGGUGUCGGCAGGUCUCUGUGGUCACGAGUAUUUCUAUAACCGCGAGCUUCAGGAGUGCCAGGCCUGCUCGGACUGUGACGGUGUGCCAGUCGCCGCGCCCUGUACGGCCACUAGCGAUACCGUGUGUGGCCCACUCGCCCUCUCCUCCGACAGCCGGCUCUCCCAGGUCUGGAGCGCAGCCUCCGGGCUACCCUCGCCCCGGACUCGGGCCGGACAGCACGUCUUUCCCGGGCUCCAGCUCAGCGUGCGUGGCGGCGAGGCCACGGACCUGCUGCAGUCCAGCCAGGACGGGCAGCUCACGCUCAGGCAGCACGGACUGCUGUGGGUGGACCACAACGUGGCCGUGAAGCACAGCUGCAGGAACUACCUCCAGGUGGGGGUCAGGCUGAAUGGCAGCGAAGAGGAGGUCCAAGACCUGAGCAGCGUACGGCUAGAGCAGCCUGAGAGGAAACGCGUCCAGGGUGUGAGCGUGAGUGUGGCGCUGGAGGUGGAGCCCAACCACACGCUGUCUCUGUUCCUGCGAAGCCCCAACCAGCACUGCAACAACAGCCGUGACCUGCAGGCCUUUGACCUGAGUGGACCGUCCCUCAGCCUGCUCUGGCUCUCCCACGACACGGGCGCCGUGGCCAUGACGGCGCACAUGACCGCCUCCGCCGCCCACUACCAGACCAGCUACCGGCCGUCAUUCAGCGUGGCCGCCGUGUCGGAUGCAUACAUGCUGGCGCUAGGCCAUGACGGCCGGGGCGUGCGCUUCACCGAGGCCGGCGUGGUCAAGUUAAAGGUGCAGCAGGCUAUGCGCUAUGGGCCCUGCGAUGCCGAACGGAGCAGCAGCGAGGUGGCGCGCGCCUUCAAGUCGGGGGUCAACUACCGGGACACGUCGGUCACGCUGUCCGGGGCGGCCCGCGUGGGGGCGAGUGACUCGCUCAGCUUCGAGCUGCUCUCGCCGGCCCAGUGCAGCGUUCGCUACUUCGGCGACAGCUCGGGCGUCAGCAUCUUGAGCGUGAUCUGGAUCCCGCCGGCGCUGGCCAGCGCGCUAUCCGCCAGGAUAGCCGGGCCGGCCUACCAUCAGGCGCAGUACGGAACAAGGCUCUUCUCUUUCAGCAGCUGGACACAGACCCGGGAGUUUCCCCUCCGAGGCAGUGCUGUCAAGCUGACCCUCUACAGGCAGGACACUGGGGGACAGAGGGGACACGCGAGGGGUCAGGUAGGUACAGCCCCGUUGGCACAGCAGGUCAGUGGGCACAUGCCAGAGGGGAGUGAGUGGGCCAGCGUGGGUCUCCGUACUUCCUUCACCAUCCAGAACGGCACGGGCAUCUACGUGACGCUGGACUGCGUCCGUGGGCGUAUUAACCAGAUUAGCCAGGAGGGUGGCCCUAACAUGUCCAUCCUCUGGGUGGCGCUGUGA